AUGGCUUCUGCUAUGGAGACUUGCAACGGUGGGAUCUCAAACGGCGACGUUUUGGACAUCUCUUGUAAGCGUGAGAAGCUCAUUAUCGAUACCGAUCCAGGAAUCGUAGAAUUUGAAUUUGUCCCGGUCGAGAUCUCAUUAAGCAAUUCCAUUGAAUUAAGAGUUCUGGUGAUUUCUAGAAUCUGUUUAUCUGAGCUCAUUGUUUGCAAAGGAGCAGCUCAAGUUAUACAAAAAGAAAGUAGAUUUGAGAAUCUGAGAAAUGGUUAUAACAUUGCUGUGUUAUUAUAUGUAUGGUUAGAUGAUAGCAUGGCGAUAAUGAUGGCGUUUCAAACACCGAAGCUGGAUAUAUUGGGAUUGACUACUGUCUUCGGUAAUGUUUCAACACAAGAUGCUACACGCAACGCCUUACUCCUGUGUGAGAUUGCUGGCUUCCCUGAUGUUCCCGUUGCAGAAGGAAGUUCAGAACCCUUAAAGGGAGGGAUUCCGCGUGUUGCUGAUUUCGUGCACGGUAAAAAUGGGCUAGGAGAUGUCACUGUGCCUCUUCCGAGUAGAAAGAAAUGUGACAAAAGUGCAGCUGAGUUUCUAGUUGAGAAGGUCUCAGAGUAUCCUGGUGAAGUCACCAUUCUCGCGCUCGGACCUCUAACCAACCUCGCAAUAGCCAUCAAACGCGAUAGCUCAUUUGCGAGUAAGGUGAAGAAAAUCGUUGUACUUGGUGGAGCAUUCUUUGCUUUGGGAAAUGUCAAUCCUGCUGCUGAGGCAAAUAUAUAUGGUGACCCGGAAGCAGCAGAUAUCGUCUUCACAUCUGGAGCAGAUAUCACUGUUGUUGGGAUAAACAUCACAACCCAACUUAAACUAACAGAUGAUGACCUCUUAGCGCUGCGUAACUGCAAUGGGAAACACGCGAAACUGUUAAGCGACAUGUGCAAAUUCUACAGAGAUUGGCACGUCAAAUCUGAUGGUGUUUACGGAGUGUACCUCCACGACCCGGUAAGCUUUGUUGCUGUAGUAAGGCCUGAUCUGUUUACAUACAAGAAAGGUGUCGUUCGAGUGGAGACUCAAGGAAUAUGCGUUGGUCACACGCUCAUGGAUCAAGGCCUCAAGAGGUUUUGUUAUAUUAACUUUGUUCUUCACACAAAUGAAAACCACUCUUUGAAUCUUUUCAAAAUUUUCUCUAAAAGUGCAGUUUUUUUUCUUUUUCUAUCGGAUUGCAGUUGGAACGGGAGCAAUCCAUGGGUUGGUUAUUCACCGGUAUCGGUUGCGUGGACGGUAGAUGUAGACGGAGUUUUGGAAUAUAUCAAAGGAAUGUUGAUGAAGCCAUAA